AUGAAACGGAUCUUUAACGUAGACGUCUUUACCGGGAUUCCUAACGUGAUCCGUACCGGCGAGAAACCCCCGGUGUAUAGCGGCAGCAGAGCGGACCGGACCGGGGACAGAGGAGACGACGAGGCGGUCCAACCGUGGAGAAACGUGCGACUUCCGGGAUCGAUCAGGCCGCGACACUACGACCUGAGGCUGGUAGUUCACAUGGACAACUUCACCUUCUCUGGAGAAGUCAGCAUCGAGCUGGAGUGUGUCAACGCCACCAGGUUCAUCGUGCUGCACGCUGACCGCCUUGAGGUGGACAGAGUGUCUGUCACGGCAGAAGGCGGCGGCGGCGCCGGUGGCGGGCGUCCAAACAACCCACCAGGGGGCGGCGUCCUGCGCGUGCACCGCCAUUUUACCCACGCGGCCAACCAAAUGUACGUGGUGGUUCUUCACCGCGAGAUGAAGCCGAUGAGGACGUACCGUCUGAACGUCAGCUACGACGCCGCCAUCGAGGACGAGCUGCUGGGCUUCUUCAGGAGCUCGUACAUGCAGAACAGGGAGAAGCAUUACCUGGCUGUGACCCAGUUCAGUCCCAUCCACGCCAGGAAGGCCUUCCCCUGUUUUGACGAGCCCGUCUACAAGGCCACGUUCUCCCUGACCCUGCGUCACGACCAGCAGUACACCUCUCUGUCCAACAUGCCUGUGGAGAGGACUGUGUCCGAGGAAGAUGGCUGGGUGACCAAUCACUUUGCCCGAACCCCUCGGAUGUCGACCUACUACUUGGCCUGGGCUGUGUGCAACUUCACCUACAAGGAGACCACGACAGAGGGCGGCAUCACGAUCCGUCUCUACGCUCGGCCAGAUGCCAUUUCCAGCGGUGCUGGAGACUACGCCCUGCACAUCACCAGGAGACUCCUGGGGUUUUACCAGGACUACUUUAAAGUCCAGUAUUCGCUGCCCAAGCUAGACUUGUUAGCCGUGCCCAAACAUCCCUACGCUGCCAUGGAGAACUGGGGCCUCAGCGUCUUUGUGGAGCAGAAGAUCCUGCUGGAUGCUGAGGUGUCGUCCUCGUCGUACCAGAUGGAGUUGACCAUGGUGGUUGUUCACGAGAUCUGCCACCAGUGGUUUGGAGACCUGGUGACGCCUGUGUGGUGGGAGGACGUUUGGCUAAAGGAAGGGUUUGCUCAUUUCUUCGAGUACGUCGGCACAGACUUCCUCUUUCCAAAGUGGAACAUGGUGACAACACGCUUCCUGACUGAUGUUCUCCAUGAGGUGAUGCUGUUGGAUGGCCUCAGCUCUUCUCACCCUAUCUCCCAGGAAGUGGAACAAGCGACAGACAUCAACCGGGUCUUUGAUUGGAUAGCCUACAAAAAAGGGGCAGCACUGAUCCGGAUGCUGGCAAAUGUAAUGGGACAACCGCUGUUUCAGGAAGGACUUCAUGAUUACCUGCUGAGUCACAUGUACGGCAACGCCGCCAGAGACGACCUGUGGAGCAAACUGUCUCAGGCCAUGCGCUCGGACGGGCGCGACAUCAACAUCGGCGAGAUGAUGGACAGGUGGACUCUGCAAAUGGGCUACCCCGUGGUAACUGUCAGCAAGAACCAAUCAGACCAGCUGCCCACACACUACAUCACUGUCAGCCAAGAGCACUUCCUGUACGGACAGGGAGUUUGGAGAAACAGUUCCAGUCUGCAGUGGCAGGUGCCUCUGACUGUGGCUGUGGGGAACUCAACCUCUGUGUCUUCAGAGAGACUUAUCUGGAUCAACAACAGGACAGAGACCCACAGAAUCACACAGAUGGACGACAGCUCCUGGUUGCUCGCCAACAUCAACCAAACUGGCUACUUUCGUGUCAACUACGACCUCCAGAACUGGAGACUGCUGAUUCAGCAACUUCACGACAAACCUCAGAUCAUCUCAGUGGGAAACAGGGCGGGACUUAUUGAUGAUGCCUUCAACCUGGCCAGGGCCGGGUACCUCCCCCAGGGAAUUCCGUUACAGCUGAUUGGCUACCUUCCAGAGGAGCCGUCCUUCCUGCCGUGGCACGCCGCCAGCCGAGCCCUUUAUCAACUAGACAAACUGCUGGACCGCACUGAAGAAUACAGCUUGUUCAGUGAUUAUGUGUUGAAGCAGGUUGCAGCUCGGUACCAUCAGAUGGGUUGGCCAACAAACGGCGGCAGCAAUGAAGGCAACGUUAUGCAGGCAUCCUACCAGACAGAGGAGCUACAGCGAGAGCUAAUCAUGUUAGCCUGCAGCUUCGGAAACAAACAGUGCCACCGCCAGGCUGUGGCGUACAUCUCUGACUGGAUCUCCAGCAACAAGAACAGGAUACCCCCAAACAUUAGAGACAUUGUCUACUGCACCGGUGUCAGUCUGAUGGAUGAGGACGUGUGGGAGUUCAUCUGGAUGAAGUUCCACUCCUCCACUGCCGUCUCUGAGAAGAAAAUCCUGCUGGAGGCGCUGACAUGCUCCGACAACACCUUCCUUCUCAACAGGUUACUCAACCUAUCUCUGACCUCUGACCUGGUCCCGGAGCAGGAUGUAAUUGAUGUAAUCAUCCAUGUUGGCAGAAAUCCUCAGGGUCGAAGUCUGGCCUGGAGAUACUUCAGAGAAAAGUGGGACGUUCUCAACGCGCGUUAUGGAGAAGCGCUGUUCAUGAAUUCCAAACUCAUCAGUGGAGUUACCGAGUUCCUGAACACGGAGGUAGAGCUGGAAGAGCUAAAGGACUUCAUUCAGUCCAGUGGAGUUGGGGCGGGGCCUGCAUUGCCACGGGCCCUGGAAAUUGUUGAGGGCAAUGUGCGUUGGCACCGCCUCCAUCUGCGACAGUUCUACCAGUGGCUUCGUAAACCUCCCAGCUCCGCUGUCGGCUAAAGGGACACACCUCGUCUUCGACAGCUUGAGUGGAGCACAUGUUGGCUGCUAAACUCACAGCUAACUCUCUGUUUACAAAAGCAGUCAUAAGAACUGGAUUAUGGUUUUUCUUUUUUUUUUUCCCUCUUUUUGUCUAGAAAACUUGAUUUCAGACUUCAUUAUUUUACAGUAAGGACAUUGUUUUAUGUGAAGAAAAACUGAAUUUUUUUUGCUACUGUUACUGAAGCUGAUGGCUAGCAAACUAGCUAGCAGUCAGAGCAACAAACCUCCCACAAUUAGGGGCAAUAAAGGGAAGCUGCUACUGUUUUAUCAACAACAAAUGACCUCUUCGCAUAAACUUAAUUAAUAAAUGGAUAGGCAUUUACUUAAGUCCAUGUAUUUAAAAAGAACGCGACAACUUCAGAUUGAAAAAGUACAACAGAAUUUCAUUAGUCACUGUAAUAUAUUCCACACCAACACAAACUAAAUUUAUUGUAUCGAAUUAUAAAAUAGGCGGGAGCAAAUUGGUGACGUUUUGAGGAGUCUUUCUGAGGAAUUUUCUUCUUAUAAUAUCCAGGGGGCGCUAUUAAUCACUAUGCUAUCACUAUGACCUCAAGAUAAACAACUGGAUUUUAAAUAAGAAACAACAUUUAAACAAAAAGAAUGGUUGAAAAGGAAACUAAGAUUUUGUAAAUCAAAAAAUGUAAUGUGUUGUUGUAUGCAGAUGAUAAAGCAUUGUUUUCGGUUGACUAUUACAGGCAAGCAAAACUCUGGACUUUUCAAGAUGGUGUCUUCUGAGUAAUGCCAGAUUUUUCAGUAGCCAAACAUAUUAAACCUUUGCCAAUUGUUUUUGUGGCAGCACAUGGACAAAAUAUAACGAAAGGAUCAGCAACCACAUGGACUGUGAACUUCUAAGUCGGUGAGUACAAAGUCUAAGGUUUGACGUCAGAAGUGGAAACUACUGCCAAAAGUCAGGAUUAUCUUGAGCAUGAUGGAUUUCUCUGUAAGUAUUUUUUUUCUCUCUCAAAGUUUUCAACUGCGAAAGAAACAAACAAACCUUGGGACAUUUUUAUGCCUGAAGCUGAACUUCCGUGAAACUUGAACUCUUAGAAGUUGUUCCUCAUCUGUAAGCUGUAGCCUUGGCAUUGAUGGAACGGAGCUACGUAAGGUGAUUUUAGGAUCCCGUCUUUUACACACUGUAUGUCUUUGUGAGGAUGAUAACGGCACCUUUGUCACAAUGGCUGACACUGUAACGAUGUUUGUGGUUAUGUAAGAAGUCAAAUCAGUAUAAUGAAACUAACAUGCUAUAAUAUGUACUUUUUUGUUGUCAAAUCAGGAGAAAGAAAUUUGAUUUUAUAGAAAUUUAAAAAAUAAAUCAAUUUAAUCUCCCUGUAUGGUAAAAUACACUGUAAAAUAAAAAAACAAAAAAAAGUUUAAAUUUAACCUGUGGAUACUGGGGUGGAUGAGGAUCGUGUUCAUGAGAAAGAUCUGGGACCAAAAAAAAAA